AGUCUUCUUCUCCAUCUUGGUCAGGCACCAGGGGCUUCUUGCUCAUAUGCUAUAGUGGACAUCUUCCUGAUCGCAUGUUCCAGUUUAUACACCCGCCACCAGGCCACCAGAGCUGUGCCAUCCAUCAAAGACACGGACAUUCCGAGUCUAGUCUUUACAUCUCUUAUUGCAAACCCUGAUAUGACUACAGAGGUGAACCAGCUGUCUGAGCAUCCUCUAGUGAGUCCAAAGGCAGAGCCCCAGCCAGAGACGAAGCCGGAGAACCUUCCAAGGAGCCACGGGGAUGUUGGGCUCCAGAAAGAGACUGUGGUCCCAGGCAUUGUGGAUUUCGAGCUGAUCCAUGAGGAGCUGAAGACCACAAAGCCCCAAACAUCACAACCAACACCCAGUGCCUACCGCUUUGGACGCCUAAGCCACCAUUCCUUCUUCUCGAGGCACCACCCCCAACCACAGCGAGUGACUCAUAUCCAAGUUACAGGAAGAGAGGACCUGGAGCACUCCCUGCCCCUCACCACCUCUUUCCAGCUCCUUCAAGCUCCUGGGGUCCAGCCCAUGGAUCUCACUCCCUCUGCAGAUAUCGCUGGGAAGCCUGUCUGCGUGGUCAGGGACGAGUUCUCUCUGUCGGCCUUGACUCAGCCCACAUUCUUAUCCCGCUGUCUGAUGGGGAUGCCCACCAUCUCUGUCCCCAUUGGGGAUCCACAGUCCAAUCGGAACCCCCAGCUUUCUACUUCUGACACCUGGAGGAAGAAACUGAAGGACCUGGCUUCCCGAGUGACUGUCUUCACUAAGGAAAUCCAGCCAAAGCCCGAUGAGCAGAAGGAAGAGCCACCUCUGAGGGAACCUCCUCCGAGAGAGCAGGGGGCCAAAUACUCAGCUGAGACCGGUAGGCUUAUCCCUGCUUCCAGCCAAGCCCUCACCCGUCGCAACCGCCAGGGCCAGCGGGUCCACCCUUCUAGCAAAGAUGGAGGAGUCCAAGCCUCCAUUCUGCAGGACCAGGAGCUGCUGAUUUUGGAGCUCCUUUGUCAAAUUCUACAAACAGAUUCUCUAAGGGCUAUUCAGUUCUGGCUGCUUUAUGCUCCAUCAAAAGAAAAAGAUUUAGCUCUGGGGCUUCUGCAAACUGCCGUGGCUCAGCUUAUCCCCCAGCCCCUUUCCUCCAUCCCAGCAGAGAAGCUCUGGAACCAUCUCCAAGAGCUUCAAGAGCCUCAAGAGACACAAGAGGCAGCCUACAGUCCAUCCCUGAAGAAGACUAGGUCACCACCUCUACCCAAAACAGACAAACCAGAGUACAUAGGCAAAGCCCAAGUCCUCCUGGUGCAUCCCAGCGAGGACCCAGAGGAGAAAACGACCAAGGCUGAAAGCUGAAGAGCCCAGACCAGAGCACGGAGACUUCUGCCUAGCUCCAAGGCAGCCGCUCAGCUUGGGGAGGGGAGGGGCUCCUGUCCUUCUACCUUGACUCCAGCCCCUGGCCUCCAACAGUACUAAAUAAAAUCCUGCCCUCCCUCUUGGAUGAGGGCAGUUCCACCCUCCC